CUGCAGAGAUGGUUGUCCUUCUGGAAGGUUCUCCUAUCUCCACAGAGAAAUUCUAGAGCUCUGUCAGAGUGACCAUCGGGCUCUUGGUCACCUCCCUGACCAAGGCCCUUUACACCGAUUGCUCAGUUUGGCUGGGCGACCAGCUCUAGGAAGAGUCUUGGGGGUUCCAAACUUCUUCCAUUUAAGAAUGAUGGAGGCUAACUGUGUUCUUAGGGGAUCUUCAUAUUGAAGAAAUGUUUUGGUACCCUUCCCCAGAUCUGUGCCUCGACACAAUCCUGUCUCGGAGCUCUACGUACAAUUCCUUCAACCUCAUGGCUUGGUUUUUGCACUGACAUGCACUGUCAACUGUGGGACCUUAUAUAGACAGGUGUGUGCCUUCCCAAAUCAUGUCCAAUCAAUUGAAUUUACCACAGGUGGGCUCCAAUCAAGUUGUAGAAACAUAUCAAGGAUGAUCAAUGGAAAUAGGAUGCACCUGAGCUCAAUUUCGAGUCUCAUAGCAAAUGGUGUGAAUAGGUAUUUCUGUUUUUUAUUUUUUAUAAAUUUGCAAAAAUGUCCAAAAACCUGUUUUUACUUUGUCAUUAUGGGUAGAUUACAGAGGAUGUAUUUUAUCUCCAUUUUAGAAUAAGGCUAUUUUUUACCUUUAUUUAACUAGACAAGUCAGUUAAGAAUAAAUUCUUAUUUUCAAUGACGGCCUAGGAACAGUGGGUUAACUGCCUGUUCAGGGGCAGAACGACAGAUUUGUACCUUGUCAGCUCAGGGGUUUGAACUUGCAACCUUCCUGUUACUAGUCUAACGCUCUAACCACUAGGCUACCCUGCCGCCUCUACACUCUAACCACUAGGCUACCCUGCCGCCUCUACACUCUAACCACUAGGCUACCCUGCCGCCUCUACACUCUAACCACUAGGCUACCCUGCCUCUAUAAUGUAACAAAAUGUGGAAAAAGUCAAUGUGUCUGAAUACCUUCCGAAGGCCCUGUAUAUCUGGGUCAUGAUUCGUCUAUGUCAUCUCCCUCAGUGACCCCUAGCCUUAUAAGAAGUUGGAAUGGAAGACUGUGGCUUUUGGUCCAUUUCCUGUAUACCCCUUUGAUAUCUGGGGUGAAAUAAGAGUUAGGUUGUUAUGUUUAGGUCAAUUAGUGAUUUGUCAUAUGUAUGUGGUAUAACAGUUUGUCACCACGCAGACUCCCACCUUUUGGUCCUUCAUUUGAUAAAUGUUUAUUUCCCUUACCAGGAGUGUGAGAUUAUUUGUAAUUGACAUUUCCCAGAACCCAAACUCUCCCGACCCCUGUGAUGCUUUCAAUUGAACUCUUAUAUAAUGUCACAUGUCUGUCUGUUUGGUCUGUGACCGGGUCAUGGUUGGUCAGACAGACAGUCAUAAGAUGGGUCCAGUCUAAGGGUUUGAAUAGCCUGUGUAGAAUGUUCUGUCUGUGUGGGAGGAGCCAGACACAGAGGGGAUUAUGGGUAUUGACAUUGCAGAGUGGCAACAUCUCACUGACAGUUCUAACACGACAGACACACGGAGAGAGGGAAGGAGAGCAAGAGAAAGGAACAGUGGAUUUCUCGAGUCCUCAAACACCAGCACUGACUGAGCCCAACUACUAGGACAAUUACUACAUUCUUUGAGACCUUGGAGAACUAUCCAAGGACUACCAGGAACACUGUCAGCCCACCCUGACCAUCAGCCAUGUUUCAGAUGCAGAGGAAAAGCGUCAAAGCGGCGAGGAGCAACAAGACAGAGGCUAAAGAGAAGGUCCUUUGGAACAAAGCUCAGCAGACGAUAGCUCAGCGAUGUGGAGACCCGAAAGAGGGAGGGAAGGAGGAGAACGUCAAGGAGAACAAGGAGAACCAGCUGAGGUUUCGUGGGGAUGCGGUGGAGGACGUUGAAGAGGUGAAGCCGGAGAGGCAGAGUGUUUUCGAUAAAGCUGUCUAUGACCUGGCCCACACGGAGAGGGUGAUGAAUGACCUGAUGUUCGGAAGGAGGGUGGCCUUCUACGAGCUGAGAGGGGAGAUCGGCUGUGGAAACUUCUCCCAGGUGAAACUGGGCUUUCAUGACCUAACUAAAGAGAGAGUGGCAGUUAAGAUCAUGGAUAAAGUCAAACUGGACAAGAGGUCCCACGUGCUGUUUGCCUCAGAGAUCGGGUGCAUGGAGAGGCUGUCCCACCCCAACAUAGUGCGUCUGUACGAGGUGGUGGAGACGUUUAAGCGGCUGUACCUAGUGAUGGAGUACGCCAGUGGAGGAGAUCUGUUCUCACGCAUUACCACCAGGGGUAGACUCUCAAACCUGGAAAGCAAACUCGUCUUUUCCCAAAUUCUGGCUGCAGUCAAACACAUGCAUGAUAACAACAUAGUCCACCGGGACCUGAAGGCAGAGAACGUUUUCUACACCACCACAUACUGCGUCAAGGUAGGCGACUUCGGCUUCAGCACCUCCUCGCGCCCCGAUGACGUCCUCACUAGCUUCUGCGGCUCCACGCCCUACGUCGCCCCAGAGCUCUUCAAGGACAAAGGCUACGUGGGCCAGUCCGCUGACGUCUGGGCCCUGGGUGUACUACUCUACUUCAUGACUACAGCCAUGUUACCCUUCAACGCUGCCAACCUCAGCCGGCUGAAGGUCUGCAUCCUUCAGGGCUCCUUCACCAUCCCAGCCUACGUGCCCGACCCCUGCCACCAGGUCAUCCAGGACAUCCUGAGGCCCGUGCCCGCCGACCGUCUCUCCGUGGCUCAUAUCAUGACCUACACCUGGCUGAAGGGCAUUGAUUACCCCCAGGCGUACCCCUCCUCCCGCCCGACCCCAGCCCACCUGGUGGAGCCCUCCAGGGUCCUGGGUACAGAUGAGCUAGAUGUCAAGGCAGCUCUGGCAGACCUGGGGAUAACAGAGAGCCACCUGGUGAACAACGCCUGCCAUGACUUGAGGAGCCCUGUGACGGGGGCCUAUAGGAUCCUGCUGCACCGUAUCCAUAAAAGGAAGAAAGUGGAGGCGGUGGGGUACAGCGCUGAGUGUCACAAAGACCUCCAGGUCAAGAGACGCUGGAGCGAGGGUACCUUACCUCUGUUGAGGCCUUCUGCUGUGUGUGUAGUCAUGUAGAGGGGAAGG